UUGAAGAAUUGAGUUUGUUUUAUACCUCUGUUUUAAUAUGCUGCUUUUUAUAACGGCUUUAUGGACAUCGCGACAAAUGAAUGUCCUUUUGUGAGGUACCACUGAGCACCAGUCAUUUGUUGAACUUGGCUCUGUACUGAAGAUGAAUGCUCUGGUAGCUCUCUGUCACUUCUGUGAGCUCCAUGGCCCUCGGACGCUGUUUUGCACUGAGGCACUGCACCCUCCAUCUCCAUCCCCUUCAUCCCAGGCAGGUGUCCCAGUGCAUGGGGACGGGGACAGGGACCGAGAUGGUGACCGGGAAGGUGAAGGGCUGACUAUGAGGGCCAACAGCUCGGCCUCGCAGAGGGGAGAAAUGUGUGACGGAUGUCGAUCUCUUCCUGCAUCUCAUCCAGGCUUUGUGAGCAUUGAUGAUGAAACAGGUAUACGCUUCCUGAGCCACCAGCAUCCCAGACAGCCACAGCUGUUCAGCGUGGUCCGCCAGGCCUGCGUACGCAGCCUCAGCUGUGAGGUAAACAGUGACGUGUGUCCCGGCCGUGAAGGGCCAAUUUUCUUUGGAGAUGAGCAGCAUGGUUUUGUGUUUUCACACACCUUCUUUAUCAAAGACAGCCUCGCCAGGGGCUUCCAGCGAUGGUACAGUAUUGUCAUGGUAGCAAUGGACAGGAUCUACCUUAUCAACUCCUGGCCUUUCCUGUUGCGCCAUCUUAGACUCACUAUACAGAGCCUGCAAAGCACAGCCCUCAAGGUGUUUGACAAUGAGCAAGGAGUUUGUCCCCAGCGAGCAGUGAGGAUGAACAGUGUCUUUUCACCUGCAGUUUUCCCGCACCAAAGGAGUGGCAACGCAGCCCGAUCACUAACGUCUCUUACCCAGCAUCCCAACCUCUGGGCCAGCCUGCACUCCUCCUUUAGCUGGCUGCUGAAGGCCUGUGGUAGUCGUCUGACAGAGAAGCUGCUGGAGGGAGCCCCCACUGAGGACACACUGGUGCUCAUAGAGAGACAGACUGAGCAAGAGGAGGAAAUGAGCUGCUGGGAGGGAGCAGAAGGAGGCGGUUCUAAGUCACAGCGGCACCCAUCGGAGACCGAGCUGGGCCACGACUUCCUGUUUGAUGACGCAAAAUUAGAUGAAUUACCCGGUCCAAAGUUUUGGUCCCUGAGGCAUUUGAGACAGGUCCUCGGGGCGGUGGAGUUUCGUCAGCUGGUGUGGCAUGUGCUCAUGGGAAAUCAGGUCAUAUGGAGAGGCGCAGACCCCGGGCUCAUUCAAUCAGCUUUUACUGUGCUCAGGUCUUUGCUCCCAGUAGGCUGUGUGCGUUCUGUGCCAUACAGUGCUCAGUAUGAGGAGGCCUACAAAUGCAACUUCCUGGGUCUCAGUCCAGAUGUCCUUAUUCCAACCCAUGUCAGCUCCUCAGAGUUUUCAGUGCUGGUGGAUGUCAGUUCAGAGAGAGGCUGUCAGAUUUCAUCCAUGGGUGAAGACGAUAUCUCCUCACUUUAUCAGUUCACCAUCAGCAGUGCCAACACACAGCCCACAGACAGGGGUCCCUUGUUAUUGAACAAGCUGGAGGUGGCCCUGUCUAACGAGAACUUGUCUGUGGACGUUGUAUCGCACUGCCUGUUGUGUCUGAAGGAAGAGUGGAUGAAUAAAGUCAAAGUGCUGUUCAAGUUCUCCAAAGUGGACGGGCGAGGGAGGGAGGAUACCCAGAAGGUUCUGGCCCUCCUUGGUGCCACUGGGCCUGGCGAGGAGGACAAUGUCAGGCUGCUCAAGUUCUGGAUGACUGGACUCAGCAAAACCUACAAGAGCCAUUUAAUGACAGCUGUCCGAGGAGGGGAAAGGAGUCCCAGCCAGUGACAAAGAGAGGUGAAGAAAGAGGAGGAGGGAGGGUUAGAGGGAGAAAAGGGGGCUUAAAAGAAGGGGGAAUACUAAAGGAAGGAAAGUGAAAGCAAAAUGUUUUUAUCAGCCGGGACUUUCAGCAUGAUAAAAGAGGAAUGUGAAUGGAUCAAAUCUUUGGCAUCAUCCAUUAUUGCCUUUUUAAGUAAUGGGAAAUCUACUGUUCCUAAUCCUGCACAGACUAACAAAUUCAGUCAGUCUGGAUAAUGUAUGAGCAUUUUUGUUUGUCAAAGGGAAUUACUGUAAAAUACCUAUUCAUACUAAUAUGUGAAGUUUAACUUAUUACAGAACGACUUUGCACUUUGUUUACUGUUUUGCUUAUGUUUUAAAAUGAAAUAAACAAAUGUGAAUGCUCUGA